CCCCUUGUGUGCUUGAUGAAGAGAGCCUUCAAGCUUUGUUUGAUGAGCCACUAGGAAGGGCUCUAAAAGAAGGGGAGGAUGUAGCCUCUAAGGCAAGACCAGGUGAUAAAAGAAAGGAUCCACCAGCUCAGGCCCCUUCAGUCAAGCCAUCUCAGCUCACAAUGACUUUGUUCCCCACCAAGUUUGAAAAUGGGAAGAUUGAGUACAAGAUAAGGUACAAGGGGAGAUCAAGGCCAUUCUCUAGAGCCAAGGCCUUGGUGACUUCAGAACAGUCCAGGGAUCCAACCAAGCUAAAGGAGCUUCUGUCUCAAGUCCUCACUAUCACCCUUGAUGGUGGGACUAGCUCAACCAAUGCCUAA